AUGAGUAGGCAAAACAUUGUACUGUUGUUUGUCGCUCUCUACUUCGCUGCCGUCGAUGUCGCUACUGGUUUGCAGACCACUCUCGACUCGGCCGAUAGUGUGCGCAUCCCGACGAGGCUGUUACGAGCGCAAGAAUCUGCGGACGUGGGAAACGUCGGCAAUGCUUUCCCUGCCGAAGAUGAAGGGCGGGGAGGCAAUGGAGCGUGGGUGUCGAGACUUGCGGAAUUACGUCGAGGCUGCGCAAGUUUGACAUGA